GUGCAGCACCGGCUGUCCAGCCACCGGCCGCUCAUGUGCGCGGUAGUGGUAGCGGCAUCUCGACGAAGGCUGCCCUGGGCCUUCUCGGCUGCGCGCUCUUGGCAAGACGCGCGCAGGCGCUGAGCCGAAGCCGCAUUGGCCGAGCCAGCGCCGAGGUAGAGGAAGCUCCCAAACGGCUGAGAAGGAGGCGCCGAGUUCCUAAGUCAAAGCCACAGACGGAGAUCACCUCGGACAUGCUGACCCUGAACACCUGCAACUGCGAUCUUAUUCUCGACACUGUGAUCGAGUUCGAGGACCUCCUUGCGCCUAACGAGGCACGUGCGCUGCUCGAUGCGGCCCGAGACACGCCUGACGGUUUCCAGCAGAAGCUUCGAAGUUUGUCCGCUGGCAGCAAGCCCCUGGCUUGCGAGGCGGUUCUGGGGAUCCUCACCUUGAACCAGGAUCUUUUCCUGCUCGUCGUGACAGAUGCCGUCACCGUCGUCGAUGGCAAAGAAGCGAUUCAGAGAGUUCGGAAGUGCGAAGCUCUUCCGGCCGGUGAGAACAGCAGUGAAGGCGCCGAAGCAGCCGCGACAGUUACGCAGCUGCUCGAGGAGCACUUCUACUUCUCGCACAGUUUUGAUCUCACUCGCAGGCUCCAGCAACGGAUGGAGAGGGAAGCGAGCCCUUCACUGUUGCACGCAGAUCCUCGAUAUGUUUGGAACCUGUCUCUCUGUGAGCCGCUGCUGGGCCAGGGAGUUACAGAGCGAUGGUUCACACCUGCCACUUGGCCCAAGUAG